AGGAAUGUCUGCUCUAAUUGGACUGGUGCUGGUGUUAGCAGCAGUGUCAUAUGGUUCUUCAUCUUCCUGCAAUGCUACAGGGAAUAAAACAUUAACCCAAUGUUAUGGAGCUGUGGGACAACCUCUUUUCAUAUAUCUGAUAACAAACCCCAGUGGGUAUACUUUAAUUCUAAAAAACAACAUCACAGGUACUGUUUUCACUCAUAGAAACAACAUUUCAAGAUUUUAUGGAACGUUUGCCAACCAUUCCAUUUUUUAUCCUAAUGGGACCGUUCAGUUGACAAAAGCAGAGAAAAUGCACUCUGGGAAAUAUCUCUUUGAAAUAUACCGUGGGUCAGCUGGACAAUUUUUGCAAGCGAGGACCGUAGAUCUGUUCAUCAAAGUCCCAGUGUCUGCUCCCACACUGUCCCAGCUCUGUCUGCCCCAUGGAGAGACAAGAGUAUCCUGCUCAGCAGAGGGGGACAACCCCCAGUACAGCUGGACUCUGGGUAACCGGCCACUGCAUGCAGGUGUGGCCUACCUCAGCAAUGACAGCCACACUGUCAUACUGAAGAAGAGUGUGUCUGGAGCUCUCACCUGUACAGCAUGUAAUCUCAUCAGCAGCCAAAACAUCACCCAGGAGCUCAUCACCUGUCCAGGGCUUGGAGCACCUGUGAUUUGUGUCUUACCAAAUAAGACUGAAAUCCAAGUGAGGAUGAAUGCCUCAUUAGAUGCCAUUUCUCUGCUAAGUAACACAGAGAUAUUCUUCAGCCUUGGAGAGAAUGAAAUAUCGUCUGCCAUCUGUCACAUCCAACCUCACAGUCCGCAGGGCGGUGUCAAUGGAAACUUCACGUUGUUGGCAGUGGCAGUUGGAGCAAUCAUCUUACUUAUGGCCUUGUCACUGGCAAUAUAUUGUCUCUACAAGAAGAAAAACAGCCCAACAGAACCAGACGGUCGGAUUGAUGAUACCCAGGAGCUGGUGUACGCCCAGGUCACCGUGGCCAAGAAGAGGAGCCAGAUAGGAAGGAAGAAGGAGGCGGAGCCAGAGGUUGUCUACGGCCAGGUUAAAGUGUAAGGUGUUUCUGAGGCUGUUGCAGACACACCUGAGUGUCAGGGGCACAGUGUA